AUGGGAGAAGGAGAUAGAGAAAGCUUUUGUGGUGGUCGACUUGCUUUUCCGGUGAAAGAGCUUUUCUGCCGAGCAGAGAGAGAGAGAGAGAAAGGUGGCGGCCGGUGGAUAAAUAGGUUUUUACCCUGCAACCCAAUUACCCAAGUUUUGCUUUACUCCCGUAAGUAUAUAUAUGACUUCGCCGACCAAUUCAACAACGUUCCUAUACCUUCAUUAGACUUUUUAUUCAACGACGAUCUUGGAGAUCUUGAGAUCACGUUCGACGAUCUUGAUAAUCUUUGUAUCCCUUCUGAUACCGAAGAAUUUCUUCUUCCUGAUUCAUGGAACCCUAACGGUGUUCCAAUUUCGCCUAUUAUUGAUAAUGAAGGCGUUGUUAAUUUUGAGUCGCCGGAAUCAGGUGCUUCUGUUGUUUCCGGUGAUCAGAGUCCUGAUGUUUCUAGGUUUCUUAAUUCUGAUUCGGUUUCUGCUGAUGAUAAUGAUAAUUCGGUUGAUGUUGAUGUUAAAGUUUCGAUGGAGACUGAAUACCAUCAUCUUUGGUCUAAUAGUCUCAAUGCAUAUUCUCUUGAGAAGCUGAAGGCAGUUCAACGAGGUAUAGAUUUGAUGCGUAAGCUUCUAAAUUGCUCUGGUUGGAAAUGGCACAGAGAAUAUUUUUCAUGGAGCAGUUCAGCUAGCACAGCUACUUGUAGUGGCUUGAUGCUGAGGGCAGUAUGCCGGUUAUAG